AUGUACUAUGUAGGGUUGGAUACUGAUAGAAAAUUCAAUAUACCAGGUUUUUGGCCCGACCCUAGCUCUACGAAUCAAGUGCCAAAGGAACCGUAUGAAAUACAAGCAGAGAUUGCCAGAAUCAAAAGAGAGAGAAAAGAAAAGAGAGAGAGACUUGAGGCACGAGCCAACGAGCUUGGCAUUAAUAUUGAUGACAAAUGA